CACCAUAGCACCAUUUCAUGAGAACCACUGUGGCUGACUUUGACCUCAUCCUGACUUGACAUACCACGGUAAAAGGCCAGUCGACCGAUCAACCAUGAGAUUCUAACACCAGUCAGACACGUUUGACAAGUGAAUGUUUUCUUCGAAAUAAUAUUCUAUGACAGGUCGCACGCUGGGCGCGCUCCACUAUGGCUGCUGGAACCUCGACAGACAUGGGAAUUCUGCAAGAAUCCUUCAAGAAAUUUGCGAUGCAUGGGGACACCAAAGCCAAUGGAUCUGAAAUGAAUGGAAAGAACUGGGCCAAAGUGUGUAAAGAUUGCAAAGUCAUUGACGGCAAAACUGUCACCGCCACAGACGUGGACAUUGUCUUUUCAAAAGUCAAGGCCAAAUCAGCUCGGGUGAUCAAUUUUGAAGAAUUUAAAUCAGCGUUGACAGAACUUGCUCCAAAGAGGUUUAAAGGUAAAAGCCAGGAAGAAGCAGUCCAGUUAACAUUUGGUCUAAUUGCUGGCAAGGACCCGGCUAAUCUUGGAGUGACGGUAGCACAGAAGGGAGGCGCUGUUGAAAGAUUAACGGACACCUCUAAGUACACAGGGUCCCACAAGGAGCGCUUCGAUGAAAGUGGCAAAGGCAAAGGACUCAGUGGCCGGGAGGAUAUCAAAGACAACACUGGCUAUGUGGGAAAUUACAAAGGAGCUGGGACAUAUGAUGAGAAAGUGAAGAAAUAACAAGGCUUGAGUUUCAUACUCCUUUGCUUGGCUGCUUCAGUAGGUAAUAAAGUUGCAACAAUGACCAACAAAA